CAAUGUUGUCCAAAAGAGCACCAGAGAGGCCAAUUCCAGGCCAGUAUCGCGCCGCAAAAGCUUCAGCUUUCACGCUCCAGUCGCGCAGGGUUCCCCGCGAGAGGACCAGAGACCGAGCACCCAAAGACAAAGAGCGGGAUAGCUCAGGCUCAGGCUCGGGCUCAAUCAGUAAGACUCGACGACUCGAGCAGCGUCGAAGAUUCGACAAACCCCCCAGACGUAACAGAACCCCCAACAAGCCCAAUAGUAAUGCUCCGCGUGGGCCCGGAAAAGCGCCUCUUCGCCGCCCACGAAGCCAUCCUCCGCGCAUCCCCCUUCUUCGCCGCGCACUGCACAGCCCAAACACCAAACCCGGAUGCGCCACGGCCCAGACUCCCCCACCAACCACCAAGCAAGCGCAUCGACCUCCCAGACGAGCAAGCCGAGGUCCUCUCCUGCGUCCUCGAGUACCUCUACAAGGGCGACUACUACCCGCGUCUGCGACACAACAGCCGGACGCAGACAUGGGAGCUGGAGGACGCAGACGCAGGAGUUGGCGCGGGCACUAGUGGGGAAUCGGGACAGGCGACGGCGACGGUGUUUCAUCAUCGGGCGCGGGGGGUGAUAUUACGGGAUACGGCGAUUUACUGCGCAGCGGAAAAAUACAACCUCCCCCAUCUCCAGCGUCUCGCGCUGCGUAAGCAGGGCCUGCACACGGGGAUCCAGUGCAGUACGAUUCUUGCGAGUGCGCGGUUCGCGUAUGCUGACACGCCGGACACGGACUCGAAGUUGCGGGCGCAUUACCUUGCGCUGAUUGUGAGGUCGCGGGGCACUUUUAUGCGCUCUGGGACUAUGCAGGCGGAGAUGGAGCGUGGGGGGAAGAUGUUUUUUGAUCUUUUUGUUGCUUUGUGUAAUCAUAUGGAUGAUUAUACUGGUCAAUCGGUUGAGAGUUCGGCUGUUACGACACACUGCUAG